AUGUCUGAUAUACACGGCCGCAAGGUCUUCAAGGUCUUCAACCAGGACUUUGUCGUUGAUGAACGCUACAAUGUGACCAAGGAACUGGGCCAGGGUGCAUACGGUAUUGUCUGUGCUGCCACAAACGUUCAGACAGGCGAAGGCGUCGCUAUCAAGAAGGUGACCAAUGUCUUCAGCAAGAAGAUCCUAGCCAAGCGCGCCUUGAGAGAGAUCAAGCUCCUCCAGCACUUCCGAGGCCACCGCAACAUCACUUGUCUAUAUGACAUGGACAUUCCACGACCGGACAAUUUCAAUGAGACCUAUCUCUAUGAGGAGUUGAUGGAAUGCGAUCUGGCUGCGAUCAUCCGUUCGGGCCAGCCCCUGACCGACGCUCAUUUCCAGUCCUUCAUCUACCAGAUCCUGUGCGGUCUCAAGUAUAUCCAUUCCGCCAAUGUCUUGCAUCGAGACUUGAAACCCGGUAACCUGCUGGUCAAUGCGGAUUGCGAGCUUAAGAUUUGUGAUUUCGGCCUGGCCCGUGGUUUCUCGAUCGAUCCCGAGGAGAAUGCAGGCUACAUGACCGAGUAUGUCGCGACACGUUGGUACCGUGCCCCUGAGAUCAUGUUGAGCUUCCAGAGCUACACCAAAGCCAUCGAUGUGUGGUCCGUGGGGUGCAUCCUGGCAGAGCUGCUCGGUGGCCGGCCCUUCUUCAAGGGCCGAGACUACGUCGACCAGCUCAACCAGAUCCUGCACUAUCUGGGUACUCCGAACGAGGAGACGCUCAGCCGUAUCGGCUCUCCUCGGGCCCAGGAGUAUGUGCGCAACCUGCCUUUCAUGCCCAAGGUCCCCUUCCAGCGCCUGUUCCCCAACGCCAACCCCGACGCCCUUGACCUGCUCGAUCGCAUGCUGGCCUUCGAUCCGGCGUCGCGGAUCUCCGUCGAGGAGGCGCUGGAACACCCGUACCUGCACAUCUGGCACGACGCCUCGGACGAGCCCACCUGCCCGACGACGUUCGACUUCCACUUCGAGGUGGUGGACGACGUGCAGGAGAUGCGCAAGAUGAUCUACGACGAGGUGGUGCGCUUCCGCACGCUCGUCCGGCAGCAGUCGCAGGCGCAGGCCGCCGCCGCCGCCCAGCAGCAGCAGAUCGCGCAGCAGACUAACGUGCCCAUCCCGGAGCACCAGCAAGGCUCCUGGAAGCACGAGGACCCCAAGCCUCAGGAGGCGAGUGCCGCGGGCGGCCAUACGAACGAUCUGGAAUCGUCCUUGCAACGGGGAAUGGACGUGCAAUGA